GGGGGGGGGAGGGAGAGACAGUCACUUUAGAGAAUGCUUCAUAUAGAAUCAUAGAACAGUACAGCACAAUACAGGCCCUUCAGCCCACAAUGUCGUGCAGACCUUUAAACCUCGCCUAAGACUAUCUAACUCCUUCCCCCCACAUAUCCUUCCAUUUUAACUUCCUCCAUAUGCUUAUCCAGUAAUCUCUUGAAUUUGACCAAUGUACCUGCCUCCACCACCACCCCAGGCAGCGCAUUCCAUGCCCCAACCACUCUCUGGGUAAAAAACCUCCCUCUGAUAUCUCCCUUGAACUUCCCACCCAUUACUUUAAAGCCAUGCCCUCUUGUAUUGAGCAUUGGUGCCCUGGGAAAGAGGCGCUGGCUGUCCACUCCACCUAUUCCUCUUAAUAUUUUAUACACCUCUAUCAUCCUCCUUCUCUCCAAAGACUAAAGGAUGCAGCUUUAAGGUGAGAGGGGGAAAGUUUAAAGGAGAUGUGCGGGGCAGGUUUUCUCACACAGAGAGUGGUGGGUGACUGGAACGGGCUCGGGGAAGUGGUGGAGGCAGGUAUGAUAACAGGCAUCUAGACAGGCACAUGAACAUGCAGGGAAUGGAGGGAUGUGGCCCACAUGUAGGCAGAUGGGAUAACUGUAACACUAUAUUCUGCAUUCUGUGUUUUUUCUUUUGUGCUAACUCCAUGUACUUAAUAUUUGGAAAUGAUCUGUCUGGAUGGCACACAUACAUAAAGCUUUUCAAUGUAUCGCGGUACAUGUGACAAUAAUAAACCAAUCACCAAUUAGUUAUAAGAUCUCUUUAUCAGUCACAUGUACAUCGAAACACACAGUGAAAUGCACCUUUUGCAUAGAGUGCUCUGGGGGCAGCUCGCAAGUGUCGCCACGCUUCUGGUGCCAACAUAGCAUGCCCACAACCUCCUAACCUGUACGUCUUUGGAAUGUGGGAGGAAACCGGAGCACCUGGAGGAAACCCAUGCAGACACGGGGAGAACGUACAAACUCCUUACAGACAGCGGCCGGAAUUGAACCCGGGUUGCUGGUGCUGUAAUAGCGUUACGCUAACCGCUACACUACCGUGCCUUUAUCAUGUUCAGCACAGACAUUGUGGGCUGAAGGGCCUGUUUCUCUGCUGUACUGUUCCAUGGAGACACAGGAGACUGCAAAUGCUGGAAUCUGGAGCAACACACCAGAUGCUGGAGGAACUCAGCGGGUCAGGCAGCAUCUGUGGAGGGAAAUGGACAGUUGAGUCUUUUAGGGUGUUGACCCUUCAUCUGGGCUGAAAGACAGAGGGGAGAGAGCUGGUAUAAAAAGAUGAAGGGGUGGUUCAAGAAAUAUACCAGCUCUCUCCGCCCUAUCUUUCAGUCCAGAUGAAGGGUCUCAACCCGAAACGUCAAAUGUAUUGGUAUUGGUUUAUUAUUGUCACUUUUACCGAGGUAUAGUGAAAAACUUGUCUUGCAUACUGAUCGUACAGGUCAAUUCAUUACACAGUGCAGUUACGUUGGCUUAGUACAGAGUGCAUUGAUGUAGUCCAGGUAAAAACAAUAACAGUACAGAGUAAAGUGUCACAGCUACAGAGAGAGUGCAGUGCAAUUAGGUGCAAGGUCACAACAAGGUAGAUCGUGAGGUCAGAGUCCAUCUCAUUGUAUAAGGGAACCGUUCAAUAAUCUUAUCACAGUGGGGUAGAAGCUGUCCUUAAGCCUGGUGGUACAUGCCCUCAGGCUCCUGUAUCUUCUACCUGUCCAUUUCCCUCCAUAGAUGCUGCCUGACCCGCUGAGUUCCUCCAGCAGAUUGUGUGUUGCUCCAGAUUCCAGCAUCUACAGUCUCCGGUGUCUCCAAAGAACAGUACCGCAGAGGGACAGGCCCUUCAGUCCAUCAUGUCUCUGCUGACCAUGAUGAUAAAUUAAACUAAUUGGUGAUUGGUUGCUGCAUUGUUGUAUGUUCCAUGCUCCACGCUGUCCAGUGCAACACCCCUGCCCCUUCGAGAGCUGAUGACAGGAGGCACGGACGCCCCCUUUAGAGCGCCGGGCGCCGAGAUGCGGAGAACCUGCGGUGCCGGGAGCCAGCAGCGGGGAAUUCGCUGAUGCGCCAGGCUUGGAGUGUGACAUGCUUGUCUAUUUAUAGUCAACCCCAGCGGGUCUCCAGAACAGGACGGCAGCAGCCGCAAGGUCAGCGGGCGCUGCCUGCCUGACUCUCGGGCCGCUCGCCGAGCAUGGAGCCCCGGGGUCCGUUCCUGGACCCGGCGGCCGUGCUCUCGCCCCUGGGGCUGGUGCGCGUCCUGCAGUGCGUGUCUUGCUGCAUCGCCCUCAGCCUGGUGGCUCACGACGGCGGCUCCGAAGGAGCUCCCGGUCACUUCUGCAUGUUCUCCUGGUGCUUCUGCCUGGCUCUCAGCGCCCUGAUCGUCUGCUUCGAGUUCACCCGCCUGCACGGUUGCCUGAGCCUGUCCUGGGACAACUUCACCAUCACCUUCGCCCUGCUCGCCGCCCUCAUGCAGCUGACGGCCAGCGUGGUCUACCCGGUGUACUUCGUCGACUUGGAUUGUCAGGACUGCCGCUCCAGAGACUUCAGGAUCUCGGCCACCGUCUGCUCGGCCGUCGCUUGCAUCGUCUACGGCGUGGAGGUGCACCUGACCCGGGCCAGACCGGGACACUUGGCCGGUUACAUGGCCACCACGCCCGGGCUGCUCAAGGUAGUCCAAGCGUACGUAGCGUGCAUCAUCUUCGGCGCCCUGCUAAACGACAGCGAGUACGGUCGCUACGCGGCCACCCAGUGGUGUGUAGGGAUCUACUCCAUCUGUUUCAUCCUCACCGUUCUCGUCAUCGGCCUCAAUGUGUCGGGGAGGGCGGGCCUGGUCCACUGCCCCUUGGGCAGGAUGGUGGUACUGCACACCUUCUUCUCCACCUUGGUCUACCUGAGUGCUGCCAUCAUCUGGCCCAUCUUCUGCUUCGAUGAUAAGUACGGCUCCAUGGAGCGGCCGGCAAGCUGCAGCCGCAGCCACUGCCCUUGGGAUAGCCAGCUCAUCAUCGCCAUCUUCACCUAUGUCAACCUCAUCCUGUACGUCGCCGACCUGGUGUACUCCCAGAAGAUCCUGUACGUCGCCCAGCCCUGAGCAACACCUCUCCCCCCCCCCCCCACACCCCACUUCCAGUUAGCUGGAGACACAAGACUCUGGAGCAACAAACAAUCCGAUGAAGGAACGCACAAGAUGCCGGAGGAACUCAGAAGGUCGGGCAGCAUCUGUGGAGAAAAGCAGGCGGUCAACGUUUGGGGGUCAGGAGCCUUCUUCAGGACUGAAGAUAGGAAAAGGGGAAGCCCAAUAUAUAGGAGGGAAAAGCAGAGCAGUGAUAGGUGGACAAAAGAGGGGAGGCGGGGUGGGCACAGGGUGGUGAUAGGUGGAUGCAGGUAAGAGAUAGUGAUAGGCGGGUGGACACCCUUCAUCUGAACUGAAAGACAGAGGGGAGGUAGCCAGUAUAGCUCUUGCUCCAUCCCUUCCCUCCACCUUUCUAUACUGGCUAUCUCCCCUCUAUCCUUCAGUCCAGAUGAAAGGUCUCGAUCCCUGAAGCGUCGACUGCCCAUUUCCCUCCAUAGUCGCUGCCCGACCCGCUGAGUUCCUCCAACAUCUGGUGCGUUGCUCCAGAUUCCAGCACCUGGCGUCUCCCGUGUCUCCAAUCUGCCAGAGGAACUCAGCGGGUCGAGCAGCAUGUGUGGGAAGAGUUCCUUUUGACAAUUCCUUCGCCCGCGCCCCCCCCCCCCCACACAGAUGCUGCUCGACCCACUGAGUUCCUCCAGCAGAUUGUCUGUUGCUCCUUCCAGUUACCUGUUGGUGACGACCUCCAUGCCGACGGUUGGGCUCCCCCUGCCUGGUUCCCCGAGGUGUUGCCCUGCUCUUCAAUGUCAGCUGUAAGUGGUCCCCUGUUGAGAUUCAGAUUAGUCUAUUGUCAAGUACACCAGCGUGCAAUGAAAUUCCUUGCUAGCAUGAAGCUCACAGAGUAAGCAACAUAGAGCAAUAAAACAGUAAUAAAUACAACGACAAGUACAAAACCACAGAAUGGUGCAACAAUGCAACCAGGUGGUGAUUUGGCGUAAGUAUUUUUUUCCAGUCAAUGUGUGUGUCACGGCCAGGAGACGGGUGACCUGUUGAUUUCAAAUGUAAAAGCCCCUGACUUUUUUUUUGAUGGGACUUUGGUGCCAAAGCAACUUACUGUGGAGACACAAGAGACUGCAGAUGCUGGAAUCUGGAGCAACAAACAAUCUGCUGGGGGAACUCAGUGGGUUGAGCAGCAUUUGUGGUGGGGGGGGGAGGAAUUGUCAACAUUUUGGGUCGAAACCCUGCAUCAGGUUCUUCCAGCAGAGUGUUUGUUGCUCGAUUUACUGCAGAUGUUGGGAAUCUGAAAUAUAAACAGAAAAUGCUGGAAGGCUCAGCGUCUGUGGAGAAAGAAAUGGUGUUAAAGUUUCCGACGAUCUUUCAUUGGAACUGCUGUCAUUUGGCUGGUUGGAAACAAUUAUUAAUCCAGUUUGAGGCUGGUUAAUCCUUUCGCAGUGAUGGCUCCUUCAAAUCUGUGCAUGGAACACAAGGCUGAGCCUCAGCACAUUGGACGUCAGAAGUAUUCAGUUGUACACAGACUUAAUUCAGGUGCUGCAAACUGGGAUUAGAUUGGCUGGUACAGGCAUGAUGGGCCGAACAACCUCCUUCUGUGUUGGAAAUUUUCCGUGAUUCCAGCAUCGUCUGCUUAUACUUUAUUAUGUUGUUGCUGCUUUGUACGGUGGACAGGACAGUGUGAAAAGGAAGAAUCUAUUUGUUAGCUUGGAUCUAAAUGGCACGAUGGAGUAUUAACAAGAAUCUGAAAUGAGAAGUGCCAUGGAUGUAAAGGAAAGGAAGAGAGUGAGUUUUGUUCACCAAGCAUGAUCCCCAGAUAAUUCAAAUAGACAGCAGCAAUACGCUUGUGAUGAACUCAAAGGCUGGAAGUGUUCAGACGAGUUAAACUCCAAUGUUCUGACUGCAGCACCAUUACUGCUCCACUAUAUCGAAGGUUAAAGUAUUGUAUGUGUUAAUUGUUAUGAUCUUAGUGUGUGUUAUUAUGAAGUAUGUUCUGGACAUAAUCGAUUGACUCUCGAGGUCCAUGCCAGUGUUCAUGCUCCACAAGCCUCCUCCCACCCUCUGUAUUUCAUCCUUUCGUCACUUCUUUCCCUUCCCUUCUCCCUCAUGUGUUUACCCUGCUUCCGCUUAUGUAACCCAUUCACUUUUGCCUGAGCUCUUUCCUCUGGUAAUGAGCUCCAAACUCCGGGUAAAACAGUUUCUCCUGUCUCCCCAAUUGUUUUGAUUAGUGACUAUCUUAUAUUUAUGAGCCCUAGUUCUGGUCUCACCCAUAAGUGGAAUCAUCUCUUUGUCUACAAUAAUCUAUGCUUUAAACUUGAAGAGCUGUAUGAGUCUCCUAUUGUGAAGCUAAAAGAACUCCAGCUUGUUUAAGAUUUCCUGAAAGGUAUUACCUCUCAUUCUAAUAAGUCUUUGUUGUCCCUUCUUCGAUCGAUCUAUAACUUUUUACUAAUAUAGAGACCAAAAUUGUACACAGUAUUCAUGGUGUAAUUUAACAUAACUCUAGAAAUAGACCUCAAUACUUUUCACCUAUUCACCUGUGUCAUUAUUUUCCAUUCUGUUAACACAUUGACAGUUAGAACCAAAUGCAACAGUGAUGUUACAGCAUACAAAUGUAGUAUUUUAUAGCACUGAAUUAGUUUGUUUGGGUCUUUGGACCAGGCUGCCUCAUUUUAAUCCUACUCCUGCUUCUGGUGAAGUAUGCAGGAAUUUAAAUUUGCCAGGUUUUAUUGAAGGACGUGCACCCAGUUCUUUAAUGCUAUGGGGUGAAUGUGUGUGUGUGCAUUCAUUAGCUUACAUAAAAUUAUUAUUGGGAUGCCUGUGCCCCCAUCUGUACCCCACCCACAACACCUUACAAAUAUAUAGAGUAUUCCGUUAAAUAUUCCAUUAAAUAUUCCAAAUUGUUGAAUUAAAAUGUUGGCUUCUUUCUGACUUGCAUUUUAUAUGUAAAAUGUUGGAAAGGUGCUUUUACAGGACUAAUACUGUAUGCUUUAAAUCAAGUAAGGCAUAAGAUUCAUAGAAGCAGAAUUUUAUUUUGCUACAUGAUAGCAGGUUACACCCAAUCCACCAGCAGCAAUAAUUAUAUGUAAAAGUAGCUUGACAUUUCCCAAGGGUGUUUACCUCAAGAUAAAUGUCUCACAGAGCUGAUAUGAAUGUGUAUCUCAGGAAUUAGGUGCAAUGUCUCACUGAUGCAGAUUUUAUUUGGGUAAGGUCGAGCAUGUGUUGCACGUGCCUUCUGCUGUUUUUGUUUAGCUUGGCUUUUAGCCAGAGCUUGUGAUAAAAAGAUUUUCUUUGUUGUGUUUUAGCUGAAUCAGCGCAUUAGUGAGGCUGAAGCUGAAAUGUAUGUUCAACCAGGCCUUUUAACAGAAUCUGCUGAAUGCAUCACGUAUUGUGUGAUUGGAAACCUAAAUACUUUCAAAUACUUAACAGCUAUUGUUACUCUCAUUUUCUGGGCAAAAUAAGGCUUCUGCAUUUGAAUGCAUGGAUGCAAUUUAAAUGUAUAGCUGCUCAGAUUUAGUGCCUUGACAUGUGCAUUAGGAUUGAUAUUAAAUAACAUGUGGCAUAGCAUACAACAUUACAACAAUGCAGUUAACUCUAAUAGCAAUAUCAAGUGUAGAUUAUUUAAUGCUAUUUUGAAAAAAAAACUCCAUGCAGUAAAAAUUGCAAUUGAAACUUUAAUCCAUUCUGGAAUAAUGGUAACAUUUAUAAUCAACCUGUUUACUGUGCAAUGAAAAUAAAACUUAUUUAUUGUC